GCAAAAGAGAGAAAGAAAUAGAGAGAAAUAAAAAAUAGAAGAAAGUGAAAGCGAGCAUCGCGUCAUCUAGCGACCAGAUACCGCACCACCUGGCCAAGCUGUGCAUGUGCAGUAGCUAAGCCACGCCCACCGACGGAGACAUUGCGCACAACCUCUGUAGUGCAUAUCCUCCGCUCUAUAGCACAUAGCCUGGCUGUGUCCGAUCGUGUCCAGAGUUGUGGGGCGUCCUAAGAAAGUGCGUACUCCCCAGGAGGAAGCCACGCAUCUCGAAGCUAGAUGUGUUGGUCGACGGGGAGUACGAGCGACGAGGGGCCCAUGCUUUGCUGUGCCGAGCUUUGUGCGACUUAGUGCAAACUGCCCGCAUUUUUUUCCAGCGGUCUACUACGUACUUAUAGUCGGCUACAGCUAAGCAAGAAGGGAGAGGCGCAGCCCAUGUGAUUGAAGCGCGGCAGCCGGUUUCCUCCGCAACUAUAGAAUUAGUCCAGCUCAUAUUUUCUGCCGUGCUCUCUGAUGUCAGGGUCACCAUCCUUCCGGCUCAUGACAUCAGUGUAGAGCGCAGGCUUGUGUGCAUCUGCUUUUGACGCGGCCGCUGCCUUCUAAAGUUGCACAGGACUGUGGAAUCCAUUCAGAGGUAAUUCUGGAGGUUAAUGUUUUGUGCCGAAAGGGGUGGGGCGGGGGGUGUAUCCCUCUCAAGUAGUGCCAACUACCCCAUACUGUGGAAAGAAAGUUUUCUGCCUCUACUAUACCAUCUCAUUCUGUAUCAUAACAUUAUUAAAUCAAGUAAAUAUGGUUUCUAACUGUUGUGAAGUUAGAGAAAAGUAAUUAAAAGUUUUUGUAGGAUGGCAGUCUUUUAAUUGUGUUAUGUACUAACGUCACAUGUACGUUCCAUCGCCUAUCACCCACGCAAGUAGCGGUGGCCUUAUCAUGAGUUAUCACUCAUGCUAUAAAAGGAGUGUGCGUCAAUAAGCCUACGUUCAUUUCCCCACUGGCCGUCCGACUGAUUUACUACAUUGGCGACGAAGCGGACCGGCCCAGCGAGGCCGCCGUUGAAGAAGGCGGGAUGGCUGUCGGCAAGAUCGGUGAGUAUUGCCUUGGCACGGACGCGUCUUGGGAUGAGUACGUCGAGCUGUUAGAAAUGUUUUGCAUCGUGAACAAUAUGACAACGGAGGAGCAGAAAAGAGCAGUUCUGCUGAGUUGUUGCUGCGAAGCAGCGUACGGGUUCAUCGUAAGCCUGGUGAAGCCAGUAAGACCGACCAUGGCAAGCUACGACAAAGUCAAGCCGACCGUUCGCAAGCACCUGCAUCUGAGGCCUUCCGAGCUGCACGCAAGGUUUUUGUUCUACAGAAGAAACCAGGCGGCUGAUGAAUUGGUGGCAGACUAUGUCACGGCUCUGCGGAAGCUAACUGAAGACUGCGGUUUCGGGGACAAGCAAUUACCACUGGAUAUCAUGAUGCGGGAUCGUUUCGUGUGCGGCAUCAGGAAAGAAGCAGUACAGCAGAGACUUCUCGCCGAGCACAACCUUACGUUCCAGGUCAUGUACAACAUGGCCGUGACAGCUGAAGCUACAGCAAAUCAGCAGUGCAACAUACGCAACCAGGGACGAGACGAGACAAAAGACAGCCAGCACCUAAUUCAAGCAACUAGCACAAAACAAAACACAGCGGCAGAAGAUUUCAGUUGCUAUCGCUGCAAAGGUAAGCACGCUCCGCAUUUAUGCAGUUUUAUAAAGGCGGCAUGUUUCAAGUGCAAAAAAAAACGGACACAUAGUGAAAGCCUGUCGUUCAAAAGACGAGGUUAGAAAGUUUCAAAAAAAAACUUCACACGAGCAGAAGAAGAAAGAAGCAAG